UCCGUGGAAAUUGCAACUUCAAUUUUACGUUUAUUUGGGUCUUUCGUGGCGGCGGAAAGAUGAACCCAUUGACGAAUAUUAGGAAUAUUAACAAGUUGAACGAGCUAGAGGCUGAAUAUGGAAUUUCCGAAAAGCAUUCAUGGCACCAGCAAUACAAAGACAGUGCCUACAUAUAUAUUGGUGGCCUACCAUAUGAUCUUACAGAGGGUGACAUCUUGUGUGUUUUCUCACAAUAUGGUGAAAUUGUCAACAUUAACCUAGUAAGAGAUAAAAAAACUGGAAAUUCAAAAGGCUUCUGUUUUAUUGCAUACGAGGAUCAGAGAAGUACAACUCUUGCAGUAGACAAUCUCAAUGGUUUCAAGAUUUUAGGCCGAACCAUUCGAGUGGAUCAUGUAAACCAGUACCGAGCUCCGAAAGAGAACGAUGAUGAUGGUGAUGAUUUGAAGCGUCUGCACAAAGAAGGAUGUGCCCCUAAAAUGUCAUCAUCUUCAGCACAAUCUGAAGAGGAACUGGUAUUACCACAAAAAGUUAGGAAAUCAAAAAAAGAUAAAAUAAAAUCUAAGAAAGCCAAAAAGGAAAAAAAGAAGAAAAAGAAAAGAAAGAAGGAAUCAAGUUCUGAAUCUGAGAGCAGUGAAGACAGUGAAGAAGAACGACCAAUAAAAAUCAAACAGGAAAAAUUUGAUCCAAGUUAUGAGCGUCGAGAAACUAAUCAAAGGACUGAACACAAUGAACGAAGAUGUGAUAAAUAUGAACAUGAAGAUAGCCGAGUUAGGUCUGAGAAAUUUUAUAGUUCCAUGGAGCGAAAUAGCAAGAAGCGAGUGGAAAGUUUUUCCAGUAGGAACAGGAGGGAUGAAGGAUAUACAGAAAAUGUUGAUAGAGGGCGCUGUGAUAGGAAACAAAAUGAGAGAACGGAGAGGAGUGAAUGGGACAGAGGCCAAAAUGAGAGGGCUGCACACGGUAGAGGAGAGAGAGAUAGAGGAGUGGAGAGAGAUAAGAAAAGAUGGGACAGAGAUAGUACAAGAGAGAAAUAUACAGAAAAAAGGGAACACUAUAGUGAAAGAAGAACUAGGUACAGCAGAAGUAGAAGUCCUGUAAGGAGGAAUGAUAAACAGGAUUAUAAUAGAGACUACAGAGACCGUAGGAGGUAACCAAAUAUCUGGAGUGGAGUUCAAAUAUAAAAAAAUUAGGGGUCACGGUUUAUAAUAGAGAGUAUAGAGACUACAGAGACCGUAGGAGGUAACCAAAUAUCUGGAGUGGAGUUCAAAUAUAAAAAAAUUAGGGGUCACGGUUCAUUAAAGGAAGAACUAGUGGUGAUACCAGUGGAAGAACUGUGGGAAUGGGUUGGGUUGUCAGGGCUCCUUUUGUAAAGAGUUGGCCCCACCGGUUGUGAAAAUCAACACAAUUUGUAAGGGAAAAUUAAUAAGCCAUUUAAAACCCAAGAAGUUCUGGGCCGACUCUGGUCCUGUUGGAGACAUCAGCACCUCCCCCUCAUCUUCCCCUUGUCAGGGAAAAUACUGGCACCAUCACUGCAAUAAAGAUUUCCCUGUUCUCCAGUGAAUAAGUGAGGGAAAAUAUUUAAAUAGUUUUGAUUUUCUAUUUGGCUUUGACAAAUAGUGGAAAUUAUUUGAUAAAUAUUUGUAUAAAUUUAUACAGAUAAAGAUAGAGGAGAGAGAGAUAGAGGAGUGGAGAGAGAUAAGAAAAGAUGGGACAGAGAUAGUACAAGAGAGAAAUAUACAGAAAAAAGGGAACACUAUAGUGAAAAAAGAACUAGGUACAGCAGAAGUAGAAGUCCUGUAAGGAGGAAUGAUAAACAGGAUUAUAAUAGAGAGUAUAGAGACUACAGAGACCGUAGGAGGUAACCAAAUAUCUGGAGUGGAGUUCAAAUAUAAAAAAAAUUAGGGGUCAAGGAUUAUAAUAGAGAGUAUAGAGACUACAGAGACCGUAGGAGGUAACCAAAUAUCUGGAGUGGAGUUCAAAUAUAAAAAAAAUUAGGGGUCACGGUUCAUUAAAGGGAAUUUGCAUUUUGGGAUAUACAGGAAGAACCAGUGGUGAUGCCAGUGGAAGAACUGUGGGAAUGGGUUGGGUUGUCGGGGCUCCUUUUGGAAAGAGUUGGCCCCACCGGUUGUGAAAAUCAACACAAUUUGUAAAGGAAAAUUAAUAAGCCAUUUAAAACCCAAGAAGUUCUGGGCCGACUCUGGUCCUGUUGGAGACAUCAGCACCUCCCCCUCAUCUUCCCCUUGUCAGGGAAAAUACUGGCACCAUCACUGCAAUAAAGAUUUCCCUGUUCUCCAGUGAAUAAGUGAGGGAAAUAUUUAAAUAGUUUUGAUUUUCUAUUUGGCUUUGACAAAUAGUGGAAAUUAUUUGAUAAAUAUUUGUAUAAAUUUAUACAGAUUAGAAUUAAAUGUAUUUUUGAGUCAUUAUUUUGAAUUGCUGUAGGGGUCGUUCAAUACAAAACCAUUCUGCAUUUUUUUGUAAAGUCAACUAAAGCAAUGUACUUAGUUGCUUAAAAACGAAUAUUAUAUCCAUGGUUACAUUAUAAUUUUACCAUUAUUUUACAUAUUGCAUAUUACAGUAUUUUGAAACAACAUUUUUAUGCAUAUGUAAAAGUGUACAAAUUUGUCUACCCCCUGCCCCCUAGCGUACUGUUUGUACACUUGUGAAAAACUCAGUUUUUGGUUUUCGUUAUUUAGCCUGAUUCUUGGCCAUAAUUCAGAACAGUGCGACAAGUGAGCAAAUUAAGCCUUGAAGUAGUAGGCAACAUCACUGAUGAGUAAAAUGUUCUACAAAUAUCCUGCUGAACAAAGUUUUCUCAAACAAUAGAGCUUAGUGUUUAACUUUUUCAGUUUGUUUCAGUAAGCUUUGAAGUAACACGUUCCUUUAAUGCAUACAAUCAUAAGUCAUACCUAUUACUUUUCCGGAGAUCAAUUCACAUUUUUCAAAUAAUCUCAGACUGGUAUAAAGAAUCAUUGUUAUUAUUCAAGAUAUUACAGUAGUGCUAAAAAGUUAUUAAAUAGCCUAAGGAGCA